AUGGAGAAAAUUACUCAUGGAGGUUUUACACAAGGUAUACAAACACGUCAAAUAAAUAAUCAACGCUUAAAUAUCGUACCAUUGUUUGCUUCGAAUUUUAACAAUAGUCCAAAAUCUAAAUUUUUAAAGAAUGAGAUAGUUGAUAAAGCAUUAUACUUCUGGCAAAAUGCUCUCAGUGUUAAACGGCCAUCGAACAGAAACCUACUGAUCAGAAGAGAUUGUAUAGAUGAUAGACUUUGGUUCUUUCCCUCCAAAAAUCGAUCGCUUGACACAGUUUGCGAACAUGCUUGUCAUCCGUCAGCUAAAUGCCAUACAAUGCAAGUACCUGAGAACUUUUUACAAGCAUGUAGAACACGAUAUGCAACUACUGGAUCUGAUGGUUCCGGUAUACCAGGCGAAGGAUAUUUAAUGAUAGUUGACGCAUCGCCAGGUGGUUUAUGUAAUGAUAAUUGGUUGUUAGCUUAUGCAAACGCUUGUCAGUUGGAAGGAAAUACUGAUCGGCCAAUUCUUGGAUUCAUUAAUUUCUGUCCAAAUCGUUUGGAUGAAAAUUAUCCCAUGAGUAAAGUGUUACUGUAUACAGCAAUUCAUGAAAUGGGACAUGCAUUAGGGUUUAACAGAAAUCUUUACGCUUUUUAUCGUGACGAGCAUGGCAGACCACGAACGCAACGUGAUCCUGUUACAGGAAUGCCAAGUACUCCGAGGGAUGAGUUUGGAAUAUUUGCUCCUAGUAACGAUGUCGUUAAGGAAGUCACUCGCACUUGGAAAUCCACAAAGGUUUCUUUGACACGGAAAAUAGGAGCCUUUGUUCUUCCAAACGUUUUGAAAUUUGCCAGAAGUCAUUUCAAUUGCCCGAGUUUAGACGGUGUGGAUCUUGAAAAUGAAGGCAGUAGUGCCACACAUUUAACACAUUUCGAGAAAAGAGUUGUGCAUGAUGAACUUAUGUCAGGAAGUGUUGAACUACCGUCAGUUGUUUCAGGGUUAACAUUAUCAGUUUUCCAAGAUUCUGGGUGGUAUGACGUCAAUCAUAAGAUGGCCGGAAACUGGAAAUGGGGGAAAAAUUUAGGAUGUGAAUUUAUUACAAAAAGUUGUUCUGAAUAUAUGGCCAUAAGAAGAUCCCGGUGUGAACCCUUUCAUGCAACAGUUUGGACCGAGUUCUUUGUGUGUUAAUCAUGGAAAUAAUAAAAGAUGGGUACUAAACACAAACAGAGGUAUUCAGAGUACCGGUGAUAUGGGAGCAUCAUGCCACGUACGAUGUUAGAUUACAGAAUAAUUUGGAUUAAAUAAAAGA